AUGCGUGCCAGUUUAGUGAUGGCUCUCAAAUCGAUUGAACCAUGGAUAUCGAAUUCGGAAAGGAAACAAUCUGCCACGUGUUGUUGUAAUUCGACGGUUUGUUCGACGAAACUCGUGAUGAUCGAAUUUACGUCUUUUAUCAAAAUCUCUAAAUUGUCCAGUUCGCGUUUUGUGGAGCUUUUACCGAUUAUCCUCAUUAGUCUGAUUCAGUCUGAAAAAUAUCGAGUUUCUUCGAUGCCUCGUGUCAAGACGACUCCAAAUAGGAAAUCAUCAAACGAUCUUGAAACAUCGCAGAAUAUCGGGAACGAGAGCGUUCUGGAUGAUGAAGAGAUUGAACGGUUAGAACAAGAACUGGAGAGUUUGCGACGUGAAAAGGCAAAACAAAUUAGAAAAAUGAGAAUUAAGAGAGAAGAGAAUCGUCAUUUAUGCUAUGGAUCAACAGAGAGCUCGAGUGAAGGAGCCGAGGAGGAAUAUUCUGAGCAAUAUGAAGAUGAAGAUCAGACCAUAGAACCAGCUGUGAAAGCACGUCAGACGACACGGGAUUUGGCUGAUGGUUUCGAAAAAGCUCAUAAAAGAUUUAUGUUCAAUGUGCAAAACUUGGAGCGGAAAUAUGCCGAGCGAGAGCAAAGAGGUCUUCCAGAAUCGCAUAUCGAAAUUGAUCGUUACGGAAAUUUUUAUUUUCCGGAGAAUAUGGUCCCUUCUCGGCAACAAACGUUCGUCAAUCGCAUGUUUCAAUAUCACUCAUUAUUUGGGAAGGGAAGUGUAUCGGCUCCACGGAACUCCAUCCAGUCGUUUGAUGGGGAUCAUCAAGCAUUGAAAAGAUCUUUGCAAUUAGAUGAAAAGUUUGGAAAAAAAGAACGGGAAACAGAGCAAUACGGAAACCGCUGUCAGAGGAAAAAGUGUAGAAUUAUAAGUUCUUCGUAUGUGUCCGGAAUUCCCAAAGUUGAGUUUUAUUCCACUUCGUCAUGCAGUAGCCGAUAUAACUCACGAUAUCCAGAGUAA